UUUUUACCGAGGGGGACCCAGCUUCCCAAAACAAACCCACCCCAAAGGGUGGCAACACGAUGUUCAGGGGGCCCGGAAGCCAUAGCGGCACCCUGAUGCUAUGACUGUGAAUUUGUAAAUGAUAUUUAAUAGCAUCUUUUUACUAAGUGCUAUCAGGCCAGAAUCAAUAUUAUCGAUCCAACUACUGAUACAAAUACUCUGGAUUUUUUUAUCUGAUUUUUAAGAAUAAAAUACCAUUGAAUAUAUUUGAAAGUCAUCAUUUAGACCAAAACUGCAAAUUAUCAGACUUAAAUUGUUUUUGUUAAGUCAUGUAUUAACAACAAUUAGCCUACACAACAUGAUCACACUUUUACUUUAAAUAAAAUUACAACAAUCGACUGGAUUUUUGACUUUAAUGAGUUGUAAGCUCUAAUCAUCAAAAUUAAAACAAAAAACUUUUGAAAUGUGUUACUUUACAUGUAAUGAAUCUAGAAUAUAUGAAAGUUUCACUUUCUGAAAUAAGUUACAAAAAAAAAACUUUUUCAUUCUGAUUUUUUCACCCUUGGUAAAUAUGAUCAAAAAAGGCUGUGAAAAUUAAUCUGCAUUGUUAAUCCUUUUGAUCUUUAAUUUAAGCAAUUCAGAGAAAUCUAACCUUUCAUUGUAUAAUAAGAAUUUAAAAUGGGGGAAAUGUUAUUAUGAAAUAAAAGCUUUUCUCAAAUACACGUUGGACACAAUUAUUGGCACCCCUAGAAAUUCUUAUGAGGAAUGUGCAGUUUGUCCUGUAAACUACAUAAAAAGAAAAACUGUUAAAUUCAAAUCUGCGUUCGCUGGCUGGCACAGAGCCAGAGACACACAAGUUUUUAAAGCACUGCGCAUUAUAACCAAUCACAUACGAUUCUGUUGAGCUUAUGAAUGCAAGGACCAAUCAGAAGCGUUCAGAUGAGUCAUCGCCGAAGCGCCGCUAUUUCGUCACCGCGCGCGCUCGCUGACUGAACUCUCUCCUCAGAAACAACAAAGUGAAGAUGUACGAAUGACGCUGCCCAUCUGUCAGCGGGCACUGUUGGGUGUGCCCAGUGUACCUGUCUAUUGUCCAAAUGCAGUAUCUUCGCCCCAGGAACAGUUGGGACGGACUUGGACAACAGCGCUGUUUCCGCUCACAGUCCAGCCAUGCCUUUCGUAGGUUGGCCCCACACAAAUGGAUGUGGAGGCCCAGGUCGGAUGUUGCUACGUGAGAUGCUUUGGCAGCUGGAGCAAAGAGUACUUCAGGUUCAAGAGGAGGAGUUCCAGUACUGCAUCUCCCGUGGCAUUCUGGGAUACCGUCACCCCCCAGCAUACCCAAGCCUGCUUGCCCUUAUACCUGCCUCUGAACACCGCCAGCUAGAGCGCCUCUGUGGCCGCAUUCAACCCUCACACACUGCCAUUGUACUUUCCAGGCUCCAUGAUCUUUUGUCCCACAAUGACAUCCCUCCCUGGGAACUGGUGGGCGUCUUCAAGCAAGUUCUUAGAGACUUCCUGAGGAGACAGGAAGACGGCAUGCAGAGACGUCCAGCGCCUUCAGCUCCAACAAUUCUUUCUGCUCCCAGUCCACCUACAGAGAGUAACGAGAGAAAUCGCAUUGUUGGAAAUGCAUCUAGUUCUUUAUCAGAGGAGUCAGGGAAGCACAGGGAGGAAAUUCCUACUAUUUCUAGUUAUGUUGAUAAACAUUUGCGUGCCGCCUGCCCCUACUCCAUCCACAGAGAUUGGAGUCUGCCCUUUUGCCAUCCUUUUGCUUAUGAGGCCUACAGCACCACAUUGUCUCAGAUCUAAACACAGAUCUACACUUGCAUUGAAAAAUCAAAUCCUGUGCUCAAGUUUAAGUAAAUCAGACUGAUUAAAAGUGAUUAACAUGAUGAUGUUUGUAAUGUUAAAAUUUGGAAGAUGAGCUAUAAUCUUUUCGUAAUCAAUAAGACAACAAAUUAUUAUUUAAAUUGUGUCUAUUUAUAGCUAGACUACUUUUUGUGGUUUUAUAUCAGGUUUUUUUUUGUUUGUUUGUUUGUAUUUUUGUUUUUGCCAUUUUUGGAGUUUGGUCAUUAUGAAUUGUUGACAAGAGUAUAUUCAUUCUUCCAAAAAAAACAAAAAAACUUGUGUUCAAUGGACAAAAUAAAAGCGUCAAAAAAGCACAUAGGUAUGGCAUGAGGGUGAGUAAAUAAUUACAGAAUUUUCAUUCUGAUCAUUUAAUGUUCUUAGAAUUAUUGCUUUAAUAUUGCUGUAUAACUUUAGAACUGCCUUUGUAUUUGUGUGCAUUUGUUUCUAAUUACAAUAACACUUUUUCUUUGUGCUGCAGCUUUCCAGGGUCUACAGCUAAUGAUCAAACUGAAAGUAGCACACACACAUAAGCACAUACACCCAGAGCAGUCAACCCAGAUAUCCAACCUAAUCUGUCAUUUUUUUUCGUAGUUAUAUUUCUGGAUUACAGAGCAGAGAUUAGCCUGAGGGGAGAGGAUUGCACCACUGGCUUUGCGCAUCAGUGGUCUUGUUUGCUGCAUGUACCCAUGAACCACCUACAGUUGCACUCUCACCUCUCCCAUGCAUUUUAAAUCACAGUUGCAAUCUUUUCUUGUAUUUUAUCAUAUAGUGACAGAACUGUGUUUGUCAUGUAGCAUGGACUGAAGGUGGCAGACAAAGUACAGGUUUGGUAGUUGUUCGCAGUGAGGGCUGUUCAUAAAGCUAUCUCACAGUAGUGUUAAACAGGGUAAAAGCAAACAUGUGACAACUACUCUUGACUGCUGAAUAAGUGUUGGGUCAGACAAAGUGAAGUUCUCUUCUAGAGUGGACACUGUGUUUAUUACCGCAAAAACCUGCAGAUGCAAAAUCAAAUAUAGUAUAUUAUAUAAAUAUUGUCUUAUAUUUUCUGCAUAUACUUUUGUUGUUGACUCUUCUACAGAAAAAAGAGAAAAGAUACUGAUACUUUUGUGUAACGAUUCAUUUUAUUUAUUUGCUUCUGUGGACCCUGCUUUAUUGUUAUCCUCAUGUCCAUUGUCAGUGAAAUGUCUGCACAAUUAAAU